UGUGAAAAUCAAGAAGUUACCCGCUAAUUAUUGAUCCCGACCCGACCCAACCCACAUUACUUUCCAAUUAUUUAAAUUCAUAUAAUAAUUCCCAAGUAGCUGAGCCGACCAAUAGUGGUGUGGGAAUCAAGGAUUAUUAUGUCAUGUUGAUGUUUUUAAACCAGAAAACUUUGAUUCUGUUCUCUCUUUUCCAGAAGGUGAAAGCUUUCCCAAUUCGUAAUUGUUUUACCAUAUAUGUUACAUUCUAAUUUUUAUACUUGGGUUGUAAGAAAAAUUGGAGGAUAUGUCAAGUAGCUCAAGGGGAGAUGGAGAAAACUCCAUUGAUGUUGAGGAACUCUUGGAGAUCGAAACAAGAUGCAGAGAGCUACGGAAAGAAAAAGAGAUGUUGAAAGAAUCACAACCUCAGGGCUUUGAACUGAUCAGGGGACUAGAACUGCAUGUGAAGUCACUAUCAGAAGCUUGUACCCAAGACAAAAAACAUAUUCAAAAAUUGGAAAGAGAGCUAAAAAAUUGCUCUCAAGAAAUAGAUUACCUGCAGGAUCAACUAAGUGCAAGGAAUGAAGAGGUCAAAUUUCUAAAUGACCAUGUGCACAACCUUGAGAUCAAGUUAGCAGACAUGGAAGAUUUACGGGAGAAAAUUGAUCAUUUGAUAGGGGAGUUGAACUGGUCGAAGUCUGAGCGGUUGUUACUAAUGCAGGAAAUGGAGAACAAAGAAGAAGAGCUGCGACAAUCAGCUUUGUGCAUAGAGAAAUUGGAGGAGUCAGUUUCAUCUAUGGCACUGGAGUCCCAGUGUGAAAUAGAGAGCUUGAAGCUUGAUAUAACAGCAUUGGAGCAAAUGUCUCUUGAAGCCAAGAAGUCCGAGGAAGAAAAUGCUCAAGAAAAUUCCCAAAUGAAUGUUUUAAUUGAAGAGCUCAAGGUCCAGCUUCAGAAUGCACAUGAAAUUAUCGAAGCAUUAGAGAAAGAAAAUAAAGCGCUAAGAGGAAAGCUCAUUGCAUCUGAAAAAAAUGCUAAGAUAUUCUGUCAAAACAUCAAGCAAUGGCUGAAAAGCAAGGACAGAUCGCAACUUGAUAUGGACUCUGUCUUUGGUGAACCAGAAAGCAUUAUCACAAUAUCAAAAGAUACAAGCGGCUGCAAAGGACACUUUGGUGUGCUCCUUUCAGACGUGGCCUUAGUGCUGGAAUCUGAUUCCAACUCAAAGAAGCAGGUCAAAAGCAUGUCGGAUCAGAUAAAUGAAUAUGAACUCUUAGUGAAGCAACUUAAGGAAGAACUGAGAGAGCAAAAGUUAAAAGCAAAGGAAGAAGCUGAGGAUCUAGCACAAGAAAUGGCUGAGCUGAGGUACCAGAUGACAGGCUUGCUUGAAGAAGAGUGCAAGCGCCGUGUGUGUAUUGAACAAGUAUCUUUACAGAGAAUAGCUGAGUUGGAGGCACAGAUUCAAAAAGAGGCCAGAAAUUCAAUGGCUGUUGUUAGACAUCUCCGGGAAUCAUAGGGGUUGGCUGUGGUGAGGAUUGUUGAUAUCCAUUAAUUUGAGACUUAGUCAGAGAAACACUAUUUGAUGGUUAACCUGAGGAAAGAUGUAUGCAAUUUUCAUGAUAAAGGUUCGGGGAAGGAUGAUACGGCAGUAUGAAGUAGCCAAAUAUACCAAGGUAGAAAUUAGGUUGUAGUAGUGUGUAUCUAUGUGUUUCUUAAGUGCGAUGUAAUUAUGCAGUAGUUUAUUGUUUGUUGCAGCUGGUUAUGCUGCGAGGGUCCAAAGCUACGGAUUGUGUCGAUGUUCUUCACUUUCUUGUAUAGAUUUCAGCAAUGAAAAGUUGUUAGCUUUCGGAUUACAUUCAAAGAAAAUAGACUGCAUCCCGAUCUGGUUAAAAUUGUGCUGGACCAUAUUAUGUUUUGUAAGAUCAAGCAUUGAAUUGAGUGAAAUUGUUCGGAUUUGUUGUUCAAA